AUGAUUUCAGCUAGGGGUUUAGAGCAUGAGACAAGUGAUGAAGACGAGCUGCAGGAAGAAGAGAGAGGAAGUGGAAGGAAGUUGAAGAAGUCGCGUAAAGUAGUAGCUAAAGAGCAUAAAGACCAGCUGCAAAGGCUUAAGGAAAAGGAUCCUGAUUUUUUUAAGUACCUGGAAGAGCAUGAUAAGGAGCUUCUAGAAUUUGAUGAUGAGGAUUUUGAGGAAGAUGGUGGUACAGAUGUGGAGGAUGCAGAUAUGCUUCUAGAUGAGGAAAUUAGAGACCAUGAUAUUGCAAAGAAAGAUGAGAAACCAUCUCUCAAUGUUAUUACUACUGCUAUGGUUGAGUCCUGGUGCAAUUCAGUUCGAGAAAAUGGAAAAAUAAGUGCCAUUCGGUCUCUUUUGAAAGCUUUCAAAAUUGCAUGCCACUAUGGUGAUGAUGGAGGUGUUGAUUCGUCAGUGAAAUAUAGUAUUAUGUCUAGCAGUGUAUUCAAUAAAGUGAUGAUAUUUGUAUUAAGUGAAAUGGAUGGAAUUCUUCGUAAUGUGUUGGGCCUCCCUGCCUAUGGUGGGAAGAAAGAGACUGUAAAUGAACUUCUGCACACAAAAAAAUGGCUGAACUAUAACCACCUGGCGAAGUCUUAUCUUGGAAAUGCCCUAUACGUUUUAAACCAAAUGACUGACACCCAGAUGAUAUCAUUUACUUUACGCCGUCUCAAAUUUUCAUCUGUGCUUUUAGUUGCCUUUCCAGCUCUCUUACGGAAAUACAUUAAGGUUGCCCUUCAUUUUUGGAGUACUGGAGAAGGUGUCCUCCCUCUGGUGGCCUUUUUCUUUUUAAGGGACAUUUGCAUUCGGAUUGGAUCUGAUUGCUUAGAUGAUUGCUUCAAAGGGAUAUACAAAGCCUAUGUUUUGAACUGUCACUUUGUAAAUGCAGCAAAGUUACAGUAUAUUCAAUUUCGUGCGAAUUGUGUCAUUGAACUUCUUGGGGUGGACCUGCCAACUGCAUAUCAACAUGCCUUUGUUUUCAUCCGCCAGUUGGCAAUGAUCUUACGAGAUGCAAUUACUAUGAAAACUAAGGGUUCAUUUCGCAAGGUUUAUGAGUGGAAGUUCAUGAAUUGCCUUGAACUUUGGACUGGAGCUAUCUGUACCUAUAGCUCAGAAGCUGAUCUUAGGCCUCUUGCUUAUCCACUGACCCAAAUAAUUUCAGGGGUUGCACGCCUAGUUCCUACUGCUCGGUACUUUCCCCUUAGAUUGAGAUGUGUUAGAAUGCUUAAUCAGAUUGCUGCUUCUACUGGUACUUUUAUACCUGUUUCUAUGCUGCUUCUGGACAUGUUGGAGAUGAAAGAACUGAAUAGGCCCCCUACUGGAGGUGUUGGUAAAGCUGUUGAUUUGCGUACUGAACUAAAGGUGAACAAGUCUAUCCUGAAGACACGAGCAUUCCAGGAGGCAUGUGUGUUUUCUGUCGUAGAAGAACUGGCUGAACAUCUAGCUCAAUGGAGCUAUUCAGUUGCUUUUUUUGAGUUGUCUUUCAUUCCAGCUGCCCGAGUGAGGAGUUUUUGCAAGACUACCAAAAUUGAAAGGUUCCGGAAACAAAUGAGGGAGCUUAAUCGUCAGAUUGUGGCUAAUUCGAAGUUUACAAAUGAAAAGCGCAUGUCAAUUGCUUUUGUGCCAAACGAUCCUGCAGCAGCAUCUUUUCUUGAGGAUGAAAAGAAGUCAGGGGCGAGUCCUUUGUCACAGUAUGUUGCAACUUUGCACCAAAUAGCACAACAAAGAACUGAUUUGUUGACAGAAUCCAGUGUUCUUGUGGGUGGUCGCUCAUCUGUCUUCGGGAACAAGAUACCGGAAAGUGAUGAAGACGAUGAUGAUGCUGUGAAUGAGAAAGGUGCUGCUGUAUUUAGUUCCUCCUGGUUACCUGGAGUUACACCUGAGGCUAAACCUUCCAAGAAGGAAAAGAAGAAAAAGAAGAAGAGAAAGGCAGAACACCAAGAAGAGAUAGCUUCAGAUGAAGAUGUUGUGGAGGACCUCGUACUCAGUUCUGAAGAAGAUGGAUCAGAGGAUGACUCUUCUUCUGAUGAAGACGAGAGUCCGAAAUCAAUGCCUAGUAAACAGCCGAGUAAUAAUCAGCGGAAACGUUCUACAAACUUGUCAAAGAAGAAAUCUCUUCCGAAGAAGUCAAAGACGAAAUCUUCAGCAAGCGACUCCCCUUCCAAAGUUAAUGUUGACAAUGCUAAACCUACGCCUUCUAAACAGCAUAGAAAGAAGCAAAAAGCACCUGCAAACUUGUCAGAAAAGGAUGUACCAUCUCAGGCAAAGAAGUCUAAGAAGAGGAAGAAAAGUAAUUGA